AUGGCAGCGACGAACUCCCUCUCUGAGGAGGACUUACUUUGUCCUCAGUGCUCAGGUAUUUACUGUGUUCCUGUUCUUUUAAUAUGUGGCCACAACAUUUGCAAAAUUUGUUUACACAAAUUCUGGGAAUGGAAAGGAUGUCGAGAAUGUCCGGUGUGUGGUACCGAGUCCAACUCUGGGAGGCCUCCUAUCAAUUUGCCACUAAAGAUAGCUGCAGACGAAUAUCAAGUACUAAAGACUGGCAGGAAUCAGGAAGUCUGUUUUCUUCACAACGAGAAACUACAGCUUUUUUGUAAAAACGAUGAAGAGCCCAUCUGUCUCGUCUGCCAAAUAUCAAAACAGCAUAAAAUGCAUUUGUGCAGUACAGCGGAGGAAGCGGCCCAAGAGAAAAAGACUGAAAUUUCUGGCAUGCUGGAGUCUGUGAGGAAAAAACUCGGAACUCUGACCAAGACAAAGCAGCAAUGGGAGGAAACUAAAACUUAUAUAAGGACCCAAAGCUCUGAAUGUGAGUCAGAAAUAAAGGAUGAGUUUAAGAAACUUCAUCAGUUCCUCUGGGAGGAGGAAAAGACCAGACUGAAGGUGCUGAAACAGGAGGAGGAAACCAAGGUCAAGGUCAUGUGUAAGAAGAUUGAAAACAUAAAACAGCAAAUCCAAACUCUCUCCUCCACCAUCAGAGAUAUUGAGACGGCCCUCAGAUCCAGCAAUAUACCAUUUUUACAGGAGUACAAGAAGACAAAGAAAAGGGUCAAAUGCAACAUUCAUGACCCAGAGUGUCUCAGAGACAUUCUGAUCAACUCUGCAAAGCAUCUGGGAUGUCUGAAGUUUGGCAUCUGGAAGAAGAUGGCGAACACUGUUGAAUACACUCCCGUCACUCUGGAUCCAAAUACUGCCCAUGCCAACUUAAUGUUCUCACAAGAGCUGACCUGUGUGAGAUACAGCAGCAAACAGCUCCUACCUGACAACCCAGAGCGCUUUACCAGCCGUUUGUGUGUGUUGGGAGCCGAAGGCUUUACAUCUGGAAAGCACAGCUGGACCAUUGAGGUGGGUCAAGGAAAAGAGUGGUACAUCGGAGUGGCUCGAGAGUCCAUCAAAAGAAAAAGCACCAUCUUCCUCAAUCCUGCGGAGGGCUUUUGGGUGAUCGGCAUGUGCAGUGGGAACACACUGUGGGCUCAAACCUCAUCUCCCACCAAGCUCAUAAUGAAGCAGAAGCCUGAGAUGAUUACCACUGAGCUGGACUAUGACAAAGGAAAGGUAGUCUUCAUUAAUCCUGCAGAUUCAACUGUGAUAUACAUGUUCAAAGAUAAAUUUACUGAGAGGAUGUUCCCCUACUUCUCCCCUGGAUUGUUUGAGGACUGGAAAAACUCUAGUCCACUCACUAUCUGUCCUCUGACAAUAAAAGUGGAUGUGGAAUAAACCCGUGCAGG